AGAAACUCCAUGAUGGCGCCACGUUGGUUGCUCGCUUGCUGCGUGGUGCUGCUCGCGAGGCCGGCGCACCCGCAGGGCGCUCAGCAGUGUCCACCGCAGAACACCAUAACACCAUGCAGCUGUACCGUUAAAAAGAACGGACUUGAUAUCCUAUGUGAAUUCACUGAACAACAGCACAUACAAAAGGCAAUGAACACGCUACGAUCGAAGCCUAUGAUAAUAUUCUAUUUAAAGUUACGUCAUAACAACUUGGCUAAGUUACCUGCAUACAUAUUCUUGAGCUUAGACAUUCGCCAUCUUACGGUUCACAACAGCAGUUUAGCCGUCAUAGAAGAUUCAUCAUUAAGUUCUAUUGGAAAUAAACUGACUCAACUCGACGUUUCGCAAAACAAUUUAGCGACAAUACCGACAUCAUCUUUCACGCAUCUUAAUCAUUUGCUUAUACUCAACAUGAAUCACAAUAAGGUGACUGCAAUUCACAACAGAGCGUUCUUGGGUCUCGACACUUUAGAAAUCCUGACAUUGUACGAAAAUAGAAUAUCGGUUGUCGACGGCGAGGCUUUUAAGGGGUUGGAAAAGAAGCUAAAGCGCUUAAAUCUCGGUGGAAACGAACUGACAGCCGUACCUCAGAAAGCACUCGCGUUACUUGAGAAUUUAAAGAAGCUCGAAAUGCAGGAAAACCGAAUAGCUUCAAUAUCUGAAGGAGACUUUGCAGGUUUGAGAAAUUUGGAUUCGUUGGGAUUGGCGCAUAACCAAUUGCGUGAGGUACCUGCUAAUGUAUUUUCUCAUUUAACGUUCCUCAAUUCAUUGGAGCUCGAAGGAAAUCAAAUACAGCGGAUUGAUGAGAAAGCAUUUGCCGGACUUGAAGAAAAUCUACAAUAUCUGCGACUCGGUGACAACCGUCUGCACGAAAUACCCUCCGAGGCACUCCGACCUCUUCAUCGCCUUCGUCACCUGGAUUUACGCUCGAACAAUAUCACUUACAUAAGUGAAGAUGCGUUUACCGGCUAUGGAGAUUCUAUUACGUUCCUGAAUUUACAAAAGAAUAUGGUUCAUCAGUUACCUACAAUGGGUUUCGACAAUUUGAAUUCGUUGGAGACGCUCAAUUUGCAGAACAAUAAGCUGCAACAUAUUCCUGAAGAGAUCAUGGAACCUAUACUAGACACUCUACGAGUUGUUGAUAUUAUGGAUAAUCCACUGAUCUGCGACUGUGAUCUUGCGUGGUAUGAAUCCUGGCUUUCCGGGCUCCGAGACCGCGAUGACGAAAUGAUGCAGAAGAAACGUACGAUUUGUACUAUGGUCAGCGAGCAUCGGGAGUACAGCGUCGCUAAAAUGCCUCUGGAGAAAAUGAGCUGCAAGAGAAAGCCUGGCUACGGAAGACCAUCGAGUGCUGUUAACAUUGGCCCAACAUCGCUAGUGAACAUGUUAUUCCUUGCAAUUGCAAGAUUGUUCUAGAUUAAUUGGCUUAACAACACUGAUAGAAAACUGGUACCCAUUUUUUUAACAAUUGUUACCAGAUGCUUCAUUGUCUAUUACCCAAUAAGUUACCCUAUUUAGUUAAACGAAGGCUCGGUCGAGUUAACUGUGGCCGGAUGCCUCGUAGCGACCCUUCGUUCUCUUCAUUUGUAACGUGAUGAAUUUUUGGAAACUAAACAUAUCAAUUUGGGCUGAACAAAAAUUUAUAGAAUUUUGGAAUGAGCUUGUGAUAAGGAUGAUUUCAGGUGCGGUACGCUAGGUAUCAGAAUACCUUCGAGGUAGGUAUGCCUUACUUUAGAGUUUUACCAACGACGAAUAUGUGAGCGGAAUAGUAAUUAAUUCGCAAUAUCUGAAACUAUCGUCUUUAAAACUUUGCCACUAUCGAGCUAAUCUAUAAUAUCUGUAAAGUCAAAAGAAAAAGAAAAAUAUCUGAAAAUGAAAAUCUGAAAUCAGAAUGUUAAAAUGAAUUUAUAAUAUUUUUUAUAAUUUACUCCUUGCCUAUACUAUGUAACUCUACUCGUAUUAUAAUAUUCUAGUAAGCUUUUGCGCAUUUACCAUGUUGACUAUUCAAUACUUAUCUCUAUAUUCGCAAGAAUGUGGGGCUCUUAUUUAUCUCAUGGUUAUAAAUAAUUACAGUAACAUUUUCAAUGUUUCUCUACAUAUUUCCUUGAAAUAAUUCUACCUCUUGUUUAUUAAUUACGUUAGUUUAAUUCCAAAUGGUAUUACAAAUAUACGCAUUAGAUGGAGCCCCUGGAUGUAUGUUGUAGGCUAGUGAUAGAUAGUUUAAGUGUUAGAUAUAAGCUUAAAAUAAUUCAGUUGACAACUUUUUCUUAUCUUUUCGUUUGUAAUUUUAUGUUAUUUAUAAAUUUUAGUACGGAUUCUGUUAGAUUAAAACUAAUUAUAGUCUAAUAAUUUGUUAAG